AAUCAUUCUCAAAUGAAAGUCCCUCACGUCAUAGCUGAGCUGGUUUCGGAGUUUUCUGGAUUUCAGCACACUCCAGAUUUUAAAGCGUCAAGGUCAACUGGAAACUUUGAGGAAGGAUCUGAAGAAGGUACAUCUGGAAGCCAUAAACCAGAAGAACAUCACCAUAAGGAACAUCAUGGACAUUCGUUGUACUUUGGAAAACAUUCUGGUAAAAAGCAUUUGCCACCGGUUGUUGAAAACGACGGCGACACACAUUCCAAUCACAGUGAUGUGUCCGGGUCGGGAUCCUCAUUAAAAGAAAAGAAGCAUCACGGAUUGACUGCUCAUUUCAAAGAUCUAUUUCAUAUUGGGCACCACCAUCAUCAUCACGGAGAGCAUCCACACUCGAAGCAAAAUUCUGGAGCUUCUACGCCGGCAAGGAAAAACUCGACUGGAAGUGAAUGUCCGUGCUCGAAGCAAGAACAAUGUCACAAGCAUUCGAUUAAUAUCACUGUUGGAGCGGACGAAGUUCCAACGGUUCUUGCGACUCCACCAAACGAACAAAAUAUCCUUCAUGCUCAUUUUAUCAAAAACCAAUCGCCAUGCAUAUCACGAGUAGUCAGCUCAAGCUCACUGAAAGAAAAACUUCAUAAAAUCAAAAGAACUACCAGUUCCGACAGCGACACUGAUUUCCCUGAGAAAAAGUGUUCUGUAGCUUCAUAUCGAGUUGUUACUCAUUGACCAGUUUUAGCUUUUAUGUGAAUCAACUCAAUGUAAAUAAAUUUAUUUGAAAUU